AUGGCCGCUAUGGGUCCAGAGAGCCCCUCGACCGUCACAGAAGUGGCCUCUGUGGAGGUGCGGCGCUUCGUGUGCUCUGCACAGAAUGGGCUGCAGUGCAUGAUCUGGUUGCCCUCCCACAGCUGCUUCGUGGAUGGCCAGCUUCGUCUCACGAUGGAUCUUUUGGAGCUUCGCACUUUGGGCACUGGCACUGGGCCGUUGAAGGUUCAGCUGGGUUAUUUGAGGUCAGUGUCAUUGGCCUCCAAGGGGCAGCUCCCGAGACCAGAAGGGCUCAGCGAGAGCUGGUGGGACUUCGCUGUUCUGUUGGAAUUCUUCGAGCCCACGGAGGCCAUGCAGUUGCGCAUUGAAUGUGUCCUGCUCAGUGGUGAUGUGGAAGCUCGGCUGCUGUGCCGGUCCUUGCAGCAGUUGCAGAGAUUUGGCGUUCCCUUCGAACCCAAAGAGGAGCUGCCGGAGUGGGUGGCUGCACGCGCAAAGGCCGCUUAUGCAUCUCUCACCUCUGAAGACGUGGCUUUCGCUCUGAAGAAGUGGCGAGAAGGUUCCAUGGUGAGACCCAACAAGACACCGGUGGAGCUGGGUACCUGUUCAGGACUGUCCCUGGCAUCACUGUGGAACGAUGCCACGCAGGCGUUAUGGGAAGCUAUGCAUUCCCCUGCUGUGUUGGGCUUCAAACCAGAUCCAACGCUUGCUGCCGGCUGGGAUGCUCCGCUGCAGGGCGGGGGCGAGGAGCGUCUGGAGGCCGAAGCCCAGCUGACGGAGAAGUGGCGCAAAAUCCUCGGGGGCCGCCAGCCUGACGAAUUGAAUCGUCAGCAGAUGCGGGUACUGUUCGUCCUGGCGGACCGCAUCCCUUGGCAAUACAGGCUCGUUUGUUGGGCUCACUGGUUGAAAGUGGCAGAAGAGGACGGCCAGCCCCUGGAAGGCUGCGAAGCUGCGGCCCCUGAGACUUGUCGGAGGCAGAUCGAAAAAGAUGUGCCGAGGACAAGGCCUGGCGAUCUGAACGAGAAGCAGCGCGCUGCCCUGGGAAGAGUUCUCCUGAGAUUCUCAGUCUUGCGGCCCAAGGUCGGCUAUUGCCAAGGCUUGAACUUCAUCGUGGCGGUGCAGCUGCUGGCAGGUCUCACGGAAAAACAAACGCUCGGGGGCCUCAAGUCUUUGACGGACAACUACUGCGAAGGCUACUACGAAGAGUCCAUGCGAGGGCUCUUGCGCGACAUCGCGGUUUUAGAUGCUCUCCUGCUAUUACUUUUGCCCAAGAUCCAUGCACGCUUUGCAGAGGUGGAUUUGCCCCUCUUGUGGAUCGCUGCUGAACCUUUGCUCACACUCUUCUCCAGGGAACUCAAGAACAUUGAAAGCAUUUGUAGACUUUGGGACUUCUUCUUGAUUGAAGGGCCUUGCGCGCCUUUUGCAGUUUUCUUGGCCUAUGCUGAACUGGCACAAGAGCGGAAUCUCCUGACCGGCGCGGCAGCAGAAGACACAUUGGGAGCAUUCAGGCUUCUUUUGGGCGAUACCGGUGCCAUAGCUGGCAGCGUUUUGCGCCGCGCCGCCCUUUUUUUGGCACCGCGGCCCUUCGGGGGUGGCCUCAAUGAUACAUUGCUGGCAAGGCUUCGCCAGGAGGCAGAUCAGAGCUUCAGAGCCUCGCCAACAUGA